AAACCAACCUCACGGCAUUAAUGUCACGAGUGAAAAUACAGUCAUAGCUCAUAGCUAAUUUUCUCGAACUCCUCUUCAGUAUUGACUCCACAACUCUUCCUCUUCAGUCUUCAAAUCUAAAACACAAACACGCACACACUCUCUCUCUCAAACCCAAAAAAAUGGCACCCAUAGACCCACACUCGUUCACGGACUCGACCCACCCAGUAACAACCCACAUCUCCCUCUCUCUCUACCUCGACUUCCCAUCCUCCACCAUCCACGCCACCGCUCUCCUCUCUCUCUCCAACCCCCACACCGGCCCACUCUCUCUCGACACGCGCUCUCUCACCAUCCACUCCGUCCUCGACCCACAGUCCCAAGCUCCCAUCCCCUUCUCUCUCUCCUCCGACGAGGACCCAAUCAGAGGCCGCCACCUCACCCUCUCCCUCUCCAACCACUCCUCCUUCCUCGUCGUCUACUCCACCUCGCCUUCCUCCUCCGCCCUCCAGUGGCUCUCUCCGCCUCAGACCUUCAACAAGACCCUGCCUUUCGUCUACACGCAAUGCCAGUCCAUCCACGCGCGCUCCGUUUUCCCCUGCCAGGACACCCCCGCCGCGCGCGUGACCUACACUUGCCUCCUCAACGUCCCCUCCUCGCUCUCCGCCGUCAUGUCCGCCCGCCACGUCACUCGCCGGUCGCCCAACGAGUCUUCUCCGUCUCACGCGCCGCCGCCGCCGCACGCGACGUGGGGCGCGGAGGGGAGGGCGGUGGAGGAGUUCGUGAUGGACCAGCCUAUUCCGACGUACCUGUUCGCGUUCGCCGUCGGGGAGCUGGGGUUCAGGGAGGUGGGGCCCAGGACUAGGGUCUAUGCGGAGGCGGCGGGGCCGGUGCUUGACGAGGCGGCGAGGGAGUUCGCCGGCACGGAGGAGAUGGUGCUGCAAGGUGAGAGGCUUUUUGGACCGUACGAUUGGGAGAGGUUCGAUUUGUUGGUGCUGCCGCCGAGCUUUCCGUACGGUGGCAUGGAGAAUCCGAGGAUGGUGUUCUUGACGCCGACGGUGAUUAAAGGCGAUGCUAGUGGAGCCCAGGUGGUGGCUCAUGAGCUUGCUCAUAGUUGGACUGGGAAUUUGAUCACUAACAAGACCAAUGACCAUUUUUGGUUGAAUGAGGGUUUUACGACUUAUGCGGAGAGAAGGAUUGUUGAAGCCGUACAAGGGGAGGACAGAGCUGCAUUGAAUAUUGGAAUUGGUUGGAAGGGGUUAAAUGAGGAAAUGGAGCGUUUCAAGGACAACAUGGAAUUCACAAAACUCAAAACCAAUCAGGAAGGAGUGGACCCAGAUGAUGUGUAUUCUCAAGUUCCAUAUGAGAAAGGUUUCCAGUUUCUGUGGCGUAUUGAACGUCAGAUUGGAAGGCCUGCAUUUGAUGAAUUCCUCAAAAAGUAUAUUAACACCUUUAAAUUCAAAUCAAUUGAUACGGAGACAUUUCUGGACUUCUUGAAAGCCAAUGUCCCUGGAAUAGAGAAAGACAUUGAUCUAGAGUUAUGGACUGAGGGCACUGGUAUCCCUCCAGAUGCUUAUGAACCAGUUUCCAAUAUAUACACAAAGAUUGUAUCUCUUGCCAAUGAGUUUAAGCUUGGGCGGAUGCCAAGGGAGGAUGAAGUUGCAGAUUGGCAAGGGCAGGAAUGGGAACUUUACUUGGAGAACCUGCCCAAAGCUGUUGAAGCUUCACAGAUCUUGGCCUUGGAUGAGUGCUAUAGGCUGUCCGAAUCGAAGGAUUAUGAAGUAAAGGUUGCCUUUCUCCAACUGGCCAUUUCGGCUAAGUGCAGAGAUUAUUAUGGUGAGGUGGAGAAAACGCUGAAGUCAGUUGGAAGGAUGAAGUACCUUCGCCCACUCUACACUGCUCUUGUACAAGGCACUGGAAAGGAAGAGGAGAAGAUUUUGGCUAAAAGAGUGUUUGCAGAGGCUCGGGACUGUUAUCAUCCUAUAGCUCAAGGUGUUGUCGAAUCAAUCUUUGCCAAGCACCUCUAGAGUGGUAUUAACAAUAAUGUUUAUAUGAACUGAAUUCCUGAAGCAAAUCCUUGAUGUAUCUAAAUCUGUAGGCUCAUAACAACUGAUUUUAUUGAAUAUAUGCAUCUUGGAUGAUGCUGUAUAGGCUUUAUCAACUAACAUUAUGGAAAUUUCAUGAGAUCAAGGAUUAACUGCUUGUUCUAAACCUUUCGGACAUAACUGCAUUGAUUUUAUAAC